AUGGCUUCGAAGGCAACUCGACUCAGAGCCCUUGCACUUUAUAAGGAACUUCACCGAUUGGGCAGAGAUUAUGAACCUUCAUAUGACUUCCAUGGGAAGCUUAGACGCUUGUUUGAAAAGAACAGAAACCUCACUGAUGAAGACGAGAUAGAGAAGGCGCUCAAGCUCGGAGCAUAUAUCAAGAACGAAACCCUUGCGCUGUAUUCCCUCCGCAAGUAUCGACACCUGAAGCGGAUGUAUCCAUCAAACUCCACGUCCGAUCCUUGA